UUUGCAUAUUGUUUCUUUAGGGCUCUUUCCUCCGAAGUCACCACGACCAUGGCAGUGACUCGUAGCGGGGAGGCAAGAUGGCUCCAAAUGUGUCCGUGUCAACGGUGCGCUACAACACGCCACUUCCUCCUUUGUCGCAGCUAUGGCGUCUGAUCACUCUGGAGCGCCCGCUCGGCGGCGAGGUAAGGAUGCCGAGUCGAGCAGCAGCUGUAGCGCCAGGCGAUGGAUUCUCGGCCUCGUCUUCCUCCUCGCCGCUUGCUCCAUCGCUCGGAUGGCACUCGUCGUGUCCGAUUCGCCCGAUCUUCCGCCGCGGGCUGAGCCUUGGGAUCAACAGGAGCAGCAAGAAGAGCAGCGUCUCUCUUCGGUGGAAUCUCAAUCAUCUUCGUUGGAGGAAGAUCGAAGGCACCCAGAGCAAGGCAUGAAAGAAAAGAUCUUCCUUCCACCUCCAGCUCUAGCUCAGGCUCUAGCUCAGCGUGAGAGCUUGCGAGUGAUUGACACCAUAGCUGACAAUGGACCUUACCAUUCACGGAGAGCUUUCCUCGACGACUACCGCGACAUGGUGAACACCAUGAAGGUGUUUGUCUACCCUUGCUCCCCACGGGAUCCAUUCAGUCACAUCUUCCUUCCAACGAGCUCGGCUCCCUCUGGCAACUACGCAAGCGAGGCCUACUUCAAGAAGGCGCUGGCGGAGAGUGGCAUGGUGACGGACGAUCCCUCGCAGGCCGACUUGUUCUUCAUGCCAUUCUCGAUCACCAGGCUGCGAAACGAUCCCAAGGUUGGCGUGGGUCGCAUGCCGGCGUUUGUGAGGGAUUACGUCAAGAACAUCAGCCACCGGUGGCCUUACUGGAACAGAACUGGCGGCAGCGACCAUUUCUACGUUGCUUGCCACUCCAUUGGCAAGGUAGCGCUGGAGAAAGCCCAGCACGUCAGGCUCAACGCCAUCCAGGUGGUGUGCUCCUCGAAUUACUACGUCCAGGGAUUCAUACCUCACAAGGAUGUGGCCAUGCCGCAAAUCUGGCCGAGGAGCGAAAGUUUCCGAGAGAUUAAGACAAUCGAGCAGAGGAAAGUUUUGGCCUUCUUCGCCGGUGGAUCCAACUCGCCUGUCCGAGCGAACGUUGUGAGAACCUGGCGGAAUGACACCCAGAUUCACGCGUACCCGUCACGUAUACAAGGAUCUUAUGCUGAGGCGCUGCUCCGGAGCAAGUUUUGCCUCCAUGUCAAAGGCUACGAAGUGAACACUGCUCGUCUCGGGGAUGCCUUCUUCUACGGCUGCGUGCCCGUUGUCAUCGCCAAUUACUACGACCUUCCCUUCAGCAGCGUUCUCAACUGGAAGAGCUUCUCGGUGGUGGUAACCACAGCCAACAUUCCUAAACUCAAAGCCAUUCUUUCAGGGAUUAGCCGCGAGGACUACUCGCAAAUGCACAGGCUCGUACUGGACGCGAGGAGACAUUUUCAAUGGCAUGCUCCUCCACGAGAGUACGACGCUUUUUACAUGGUCAUGUACCAGCUAUGGUUGAGAAGACAUGUUGUAAGAUACCCUCUUCAUUAAAGUUCUCACUUAUAACUUUUCUUUC